UAUACAUGACUUCUUAUAUGCAAUCAACAUUUAGUAUUUAGACAAAAGCUAAUUUUGACUUUCUACAAUAGCCAAGUGAUUCUGAUUCAGAUAGUGAAUCAAAGUAAAUGUUAAAAGGAGCAUAAAAGUAAGUUUAAUAGAGAGAUAUUAAAAAAUAAAAGAAACUGAUUGAUAUAGAUUCUAUAAAAAAUGAGUUAGGAGCUAGACCAAUAAUUGAGAAUGUGAAUCCUGAUAAUUAUUAUCGUAGAUAUUCUCGAAAGAGUAUAGGUGCAUUAUAGAAUAUGAUAAUUCCAACAUCAUCUAUUUUAAUUGAAUAAUUAAGUUAAAUAAAAAAGAUUAAGGAGAUUAGAAAGGAAGUGCCUCCAGAAUUGUUAGGUCGUAUAUAUUCAGAAUUUAGGUAUAAGGAUUGAUUUUACUGAAUAGGUUUUAAUCAGUGCCUUAAUUGAGUCCAGUUUAUAGAUAAGGUGAUCAAAAUAAACGAUUUUAUAUAAUAUUGGAAGGCAAAGUUGUAGUGAUGAAGCCAAAAGAGAAGAUGGUUGGAUCUAACAAAUUGGAUUAUAAUGAAAAUUCAGUUACGAAACCUGUUAAGAAGACAGAGUAGGAUCCCUAUGGAUUGAAUAGUGUAUUUCCAGACUACAUUAUUUUAAAAGUACUAUUUUAAGGAGAGUAUGUAAAUAAAGAGCUAUAAAAAGUUCAUUUGGAGAAGCUGCUAUUAAGUUAGACACUGCUAGAUCAUCAACUGUUUAUGCGUUAGAAUAGACUCAUUUACUAUAUUUGAGUGAAAUGGCAUAUUUAGAAUUAAUUAAUCCAUAUAUGAGUGCUGUAUUAGAUAAUAAAAUUAAUUACUUUUCUAAAACUUCAUUAUUUUAGUCGGUUGAACCUUCAGAAUUUAUGGGUAUUAUUCUAGAAUGUAAAUUAAUAACAUAUCAUGCUGGUGACAUUCUAUUUAAAGAAGAAGAUAAAUCCACUCAUAUAUAUUUUAUAAUUGAUGGUGAAAUUGAAUUGUCUAAAAAGGUUGGAGAAAAAACUAUAAUAUUAUCAUCUUAUGGAUAAUAUUAAGCAUUUGGAGAAGUCGAAAUUAUGUUAAAAAUUUCUCGUUUUACUAAAGCCAAAGUUAUUACUCCUAAAUUACACGUCUAUAGAAUUAGAAAGAGACAGUUUUUUGAUAAUUUAGGUAAUUAUCAAAUAUUUGAAAACAUGAAAAAAAACUCAGAUGUUAUAUUUAAACAUUGGUAAAAUAGAUGUGAAGCUGCUUAAAUGACAAUCCAGUAAUAAGAUGAAGUAACUUCAUAUAAUUUAUUAUUAGAUCUAUAAAGCUGCUUAAGAUGUCUAAUAAAACAAACCGAAUUUUUAAGCUAAACAUAUUCUUAAUAAGAAAUUAGUUGAAUCUUAAGGAUAGAAAUUGUCCUAGGUUAAAUUGUUAUAGAAUAUAACAGAUGAAGAUUUAAGGAGCAUAAAAAUAGUUAAUACUCAGAAUCAAAGUGUAUUAUAAAAAGUGUAUAGCAAUACAUUACAAUAAUAUUAAGCAAGAUUAUUGAAGAAACCAUAAGUAGUUCAAUAAUCUUAGGAUGAAAAUUGCAUACGAAAUUAAUUUACAAUAAAAACACAAGCUGAUUAUUUGAAUGAAAAUAGCACAGAGUUUAAUUCAUUAACAACAAGAUCCUCUUAACCUGUGAUUAAGACUGAGAAUGUACAUUAAUCUUAUGGAUAAUUGCCAUCAAUUCAUAUUACUUAAAAUCCUCCAUUAUAGAUAGUAUUUGAUACUCUUAGUACACUUCCUAGAGUUCAUAAGGAUAAUCUUGUUUUGUCUUUAAUGUAUUAAUAGGCAUUCAAAUCUGAGAAUCCAGAGAAGAAAGCAAAAUAGAUUUAAAAAGUAAUUUAGGCAUCUUAUAGAAAUGUAUAAAAAUAAUUUGAAUCAAAAACACAUCAUCAAAGUGAAAUUACUAAUAUUAGUAAUAAUUAAUCGAUAGAUAAGCGAAGAUUGAAAUAUAAAUCAAGUAAAACAAAUGAUCUCAAUUCAACCAGAAGUAAUUAUGUGAGUUUUGUUCAAUAAAAAUAAUUAUGUUCGUAAAUAAAUUGAAAAAGUUUUAAAUAUUUUCUUUGUUUUUCAAAAUAUAUAUUCAACAUACAAAAGAUGAAAAAGUAUACUGAAAAAGAUUUUGAAGAGAAAGUAGAGAAAGCAGUUGAUAAAGUACAUAAAAUAUUGAAUUUUUUAGUACUUAACCAAGAAAGCACAAUAAUAAUAAUAAAAGGGAUAUUUGAACUAUAAUAAUGAAUGCAUAAUUGAUAAAUUGAUUGAGAAGGAGAAAUUGAUGACAAGCAUAGCUAAUAUAUUUACAGAAGUUGCUAAGAUUACUUGUAAUGAAUUAGUUGAGCCAAUAAAAUAAUAGAUUGAAUUAUUAGAAUCUGAUUUAGCUAAGAUUAAAGAACUUGUAAUUAAAAGUUUUAAUCAAGUAAAUAUUAAGUUUACAAUAGUUUACUCCAGUUAUGAAGAGUGUUGGAGUAUCUGAAAAAGUAAUUGAAAGUGGAAAACAAAUAGAAACAGAGGAAAUUGAUAGAGUUAGAAAAAAAUUACAAAACCAUGACAACAUGAUUACAUUAUUAAUGGACACAUAGUAAUAUAUAUCUUAUUAUUUUGUAGAGCUUAAAUGAAAUAAACAUUAUAGAUAUUUAAUACUUCUGAUGACAUACAAUCAAGUAUAAUAAGUUGUUUAAGUAUUAGAAUUACUUUCUUAAUUCGAUGACAAAAUAUAUUAACUGAAAUAAGAAUUAAAUGAUACCAGAGUUAAUGACACUGUUAGAUAAGUCAAAGGUAUUAUCAUACAUAUUAUAAUUAAUAGAAAAAUGCAAUGCUUGUUGGGUAGUUCUUGGUGAUGUUAAUGAAAGAGUUGAAAAAAUGCAAAAGUAUUUGGAUGAAUAAAUGGAAAAGAAGAAGUCUGGAGGACUCUUGUAAAAAGCUGCUUCUUAUAUAAAAGCAUCAUGAAUAUAAAUUGUGU